AUGGAGGCUGCUUUGCUCAGCCAGCUGGUUGCCGUCGAAUCGGCACCAGCCCGGCCCCAAAGAAGCGUUACCAAGACCUAUCCUGCUGUUCCCCAGGGCGACGAUGCAUCCAGCACCGCAGAAUUCGAGCUGGUUCGUAUCUCCAGGCCAGCGACACACACAGGAGGCUACAAGUCCGGGACAGUGACGCCCAACUACUUCUCACGCCCGCCCACGCCUGACCUCGAGAGCCGUCCUGCGAGCCCUGUGUUCGGUCCAGACGAUGGCGCCGAGGCCCUCCACAGCAUCUGGGACCCCUACAUGAACAGGUUCAGGCUGCUGUCGGCCUGCCUAACGAACCUAGGGAAUGGGCUAAGUGAUGCUGCUUCUGGGCCUCUGUUACCGUACAUGGAGAAGUACUACAACAUUGGGUACGCCGUGGUGUCCCUCAUCUUCGUGGGCCAGGCCGCAGGCUUUAUUCUAGGCGCAGGCCUGAUCGAUCCCCUCAGAGAGCGUCUCGGCCGAGGCCGUGCCAUCGCCCUGUCCAAGCUAUUCAUGACUGGCGGUUACGCAGCCAUCGCCUGCACGGCCCCCUUCCCCGUCAUCGUCGUUGCCUUCUUCCUCAUCGGCCUGGGCAUGAGUAUCAACCUGGCCCUGGGCAACAUCUUCUGCGGCAGCCUGGCCAACAGCACUACCGCCCUGGGUGCCAUGCAUGGUGCCUACGGCAUCGGCGGCAUUUGCGGUCCCUUGAUCGCCAACGCCUUUGUGACGGUCCUCAACCUGGUCUGGAGUCGGUACUACCUCCUCACCCUGGCCGCCUCUGUGCUCAACAGCAUCUUGGCGCUCUGGUCCUACUGGCACUUUGAGACCGAAAACGCCGACACAACUGCUGCCGCUCCCCUCGCUCCGACCCGAAGCUCUUCGUCGAGGGCAGUGGCGUCCAAGCUGCGCGGCGCACUUCAGGCCUUCCGGUCCCGCGUCGUCGUGCUCGGCGCCCUCUUCAUCUUCGCCUACCAGGGUGCCGAGGUGAGCAUCAGCGGCUGGGUCAUCUCUUUCCUUGAGGACGCGCGACACGGCGCACCGAGCCGCGUCGGGUACGUGACCUCGGGCUUCUGGGCCGGCAUCACGCUGGGGCGCUUCAUCCUGAGCAUUCCCGCCCACCGCAUCGGCGAGCGUAUCUUCGUGUACGGCAUCGUCGUAGGCGCAGCAAUCUUCGAGCUGCUGGUGUGGUUCGUGCCCAACAUUGUCGGGGAUGCAGUGGCUGUCGCUCUUGUAGGCUUGCUGCUGGGCCCUGUCUACCCUUGCGCGGCUGCCAUCUUCAUGCGCACUAUGAGUAGGUCCGAGAAGGUGAGCGGCAUGGGCGUCAUCAGUGCUUUCGGGAGCUCUGGCGGGGCGGCGGCGCCGUUCACCACGGGUUUGCUUGCGCAGGCCGCCGGCACGUUUGUGCUGCACCCUAUCGCGAUUGGGUUGUUUGCUGCCAUGUUGGUGUGCUGGUAUGGCCUUCCUUCUGAGAGGAAGAGAAGGGACUAG